AUGAGUCAUGAAGAUCCACUUACUCUUAUGAGGUUGAUUAAGGGAAUGUAUCACAACUUCGAGCUCGACCCGCCUAAUGCCAAGGACUAUGAUUAAGAAGGAGUAGAGCUUUUCAACGAUUUGCACUCAGAGUUUGUUAAGAGAGGUUUUGAGAAACUGCCUAAAGGAAUGUCUGGCCUUGAUAGUGGAUAACCUUGGUUUAUUUAUUGGCUCACUGAAGCCUUAGAAGUAUUAAAUCAGGAAGGAUUCGAGUUGAAUGCUGAGUAAAAAUCAAGGUGCGUGGAAUAUCUUAGGAAAUGUCACAACUCAGAAUAAGGUGGAUUCGCAGGUGCUCCAUAUCACUAAAGUCAUUUAGCUUCAUCCUAUGCUGCAGUUUUAGCUAUUGUAAAUAUUGGCACUCAGGAAGCCUUCAAUAUCAUAGAUGUUGAAGCAAUGAGAAGAUACUUGAAAAGUAUCAAGAAUAACUACAGAUAUGAAAACUAAGGAUAGAGAUCAGGCUGGAACUUGAUUGAUCAAAAUGGAGAUCUGCUUAAACCAACUAAAGUGUCUGAAGUAAUUGCGAGUUUGCCCGGAAGUGUAGAAAUUCACAUCAAUGGAGAAAUUGAUAUGAGAGGAGUAUAUUGCGCUAUGGUCAUCGCAGACAUCUUGAACCUCAAGGACGAGGAAUUCACUAGAGGAGUGGGAGAUUUUGUUGCCUCAUGCUAAACUUAUGAGGGAGGCAUAUCUUGUGUCCCACUAGGUGAAGCUCAUGGAGGUUAUACAUUCUGUGGACUAGCUGCACUUGUGAUUUUAAAUGAAACUCACAAAUUGAAUCUCGACAGAUUAAUUGAUUGGCUUGCUUAAAGACAGUUAACUGAGGAGGGUGGAUUUAAUGGUCGUAUAAACAAGCUUGUUGAUUCUUGCUAUAACUUCUGGCAAGGUGCCUCAUUUGAAUUAUUUGAUAUUGCUCUUAAGGGUAAUGGCAAUGUAAAUGGUGAACUUCUUUUCAAUCAGGAAGCACUUUAAGCCUAUACAGUAAUAUGCUGUCAAGAAAAAAAUGGUGGCUUGAAGGAUAAACCUACUAAGACUCCAGAUUAUUAUCACACUUGCUACGCUGCUUCAGGCAUGUCAAUCGCAUAGCAUCUAAGUGACUAUGAGUCCCUUCACUCUGGAAUAGAGGGUAAAGAUAUUAGUGCAACUUUCAAUGGUAACUAUAAUUAGCUAUCAAGUUAAUCUAAAGAAGGAGAGGAGUUUAAAUCAUCAGAGUAGUAGGAUUCCUAGAAGCCAGCUACUCAAGACAAGAAAAUAUACAUUAGUGGAAUAGAACAGAGCUAGUUAAGAAGAAUCAAUCCAAUCUUUAACACUAGAUAUGACUUUGUUGCUAAAGCAAAAGCUUACUACAAAUAAAAAUCUUAAUGA